CAUCAUGGGACUAUCAGCAGCCGAAGUCUGUAAACAGGUGUUCCUCCUCGUUGGCAGCUUCACGGAUAUAUCCAAGUUUGGUUUGCAUAUUUUACAUUCUAUAUUUUAUCCUGACGACACAAUACUAUUCGGAAGCUGAAUCUGUCCUCGACGCAAGUCCUAUCAUAGCAUGUCAAAUUGUAACUCUGUUAUCUCUAACCCUUGUGGGUCUCAGUACCAACAUCCACAGCAAGGUACGCAUAUUCUGCGAACGUCUCCAGGAACCACGGUUGAAGUUUAACAGCCGUGUUUCAAACACUACAUUGAAGCAGAGGGUGACGAGAGCAUGUGUAUGUAUUGUGAUCCUCUCAGCUGUGAUAUCUGUGGCCAGUGGAAUAAAUAUGGGCAUUCUAAAUGAUACAUGCAAUGAUUUCUAUUGGCCUUCAAUUGUCUUGACUGUGAUAGUUGGUGCUUCUAUGACUUUGCCUAACCAUGCGUUAUUGCUUCUGUUCUUGACCAUCUCCCUUCUUCUUACUUACGAGUAUGAUGGUUGCACGUUGAGACUCUCAGGGGCAUCUGAAGGAUGCGUCAAAGAAGAGGAUAUUGAGGACAUUCGAGGCUACCAUGCAUCGUUAACAGACAUUGUGGAACACGUGUCUUCUCUGAUGACCAGACACGUGGCUGCUGGCUACGUCAGCUCCUUCCUGACCAUCUGUUUCUGCCUGUACAGCGUUAUUAACGACGACAAGUCCUAUAUCAAUGUGGCUGUCGCCGCAUUUUCUGUGUACGUUUCCAUUUUGCAUCUCAUCGCUCUCACCUGUACUGGUAUCAGACUGCACGAAGCGGCACACCGACCUCUGAAUAUUCUGCAUGACUUGGAUGGAAGAAAUAUGCCAGAAAGAGUAGUUGGACUGGUCACACUGUUCGCCAACAAGUUGUCUCAACGUCAGAUUGGAAUCAGUGUUUUAGGCCUGAUGACCAUCACGAAGGACACUGUUCUGGCGAUUAUCGGUACCCUCCUCACCUACGUUUUCAUCGUGAUCCAGUUUAAACCCGAUUCCACUGAUGGAUGUCGACAGGAUGCAAACACAACGGCAAUAUUACUGCAUCAACUUGUAUUUGACUUCAACUUAACGUUUUCGAACUAAUGGCUGUUUACUUUGGCGUGUUUUGACGUCGUCACUUUGGAAAUAUGUAAUGUCGACGCCAUAGAAUACUCCAUUGUACUGACAUGUAUCAACCAAGUCACCGAGCCUGACCACCCGAUCCCGUUAGUCGCCUUUUACGACAAGCAUAGUCACCUUUUACGGCAAGCAUGAGUUGUUGAAGACCUA